GGAGAGCUGGUAAUAAGACAGGGACAACCCUUUCCCCUCCUGCUCUCUCUCUCCCUCUCUCUCCCUCUCAGUGGGAAAGCAGAUCAGUGGAGGAGAGAGAGAGCCGUGUCAUUGAGUGCCAGCAAGAAGAGAGGAGCAGUUAACUCAGACGCGCUGCGGCCCGACACACACAUGCUCUACCUCACAACAACACACAUGUACUCACGGCUGCACGCACAUGCACACUGACACAGCGCUAGCUGGAGUUAGUCUGAAGACACAGGACAGGCAUCUCUGAGGGCGAGAAGGGGCCCGAAGAAAGAAAGCAGUACAGAGAAAGAGAGGGAAGGAGAAAGAGGAAGAGAGAGAGAGAGGAGGGGCUGCUUUGGAACUGACACACUCCAACACCUGAUCUCCACACAGCUGGGAGGAAAACCACGCUGGACACGCUGUCUGAGGAGACAGAGUUGGAUGUGAGAGGCGGUGUGGUGCGGAGAGAACGAGAUCGAGAGAGGGCACGCGAGUCCACGGCCAGAGCCAGCAGCAGGAGCAGCAGCAGCGGUGCAGGGGGAGGAGGAGGAGAAGGAGAAAGCUCCAUGCAGUUCAGCACCAGACCGGCCAGCGCCGAGCCGGGCUUCAUGGGGACAUGGACACAGCAGAGCACUGACAGCAACCUCCUCUUCAGAAUGUCCCAGCAGGCCAUCCGCUGUACUCUGGUAAACUGCACAUGUGAGUGUUUCCAGCCUGGAAAAAUCCACCUCCGGACAUGUGACCAGUGCAAGCAUGGAUGGGUCGCGCAUGCUCUAGACAAGCUGAGCACACAGCAUCUCUACCACCCGACACAGGUGGAGAUUGUACAGUCCAAUGUGGUGUUUGACAUUAGCAGUCUGAUGCUGUAUGGGACUCAGGCAGUACCUGUGAGGUUGAAGAUCCUGCUGGACCGUCUGUUCAGUGUUCUCAAACAGGAAGAAGUUCUGCACAUCCUCCAUGGCCUGGGCUGGACCCUGAGAGACUAUGUUAGAGGCUACAUAUUACAGGAUGCUGCAGGCAAAGUUCUGGACAGAUGGACUAUAAUGUCUCGGGAAGAGGAGAUCAUCACUCUUCAACAGUUUCUGCGCUUUGGUGAAACCAAGUCUAUUGUGGAAUUGAUGGCCAUUCAGGAAAAGGAGGGUCAGGCAGUCACAGUACCCUCAUCAAAGACUGACUCUGGAAUCAGGACUUUUAUUGAAAGCAACAAUCGCACACGCAGUCCUGGCCUUCUAUCACACCUAGAAAACAACAGCCCCUCUAGCAUUCACCAUUUUGAGAACAUCCCAAACAGUCUGGCCUUUUUGUUGCCCUUCCAGUACAUCAACCCAGUGUCAGCCCCUAUGUUAGGGCUGCCACCAAAUGGACUGUCCAUUGAUCAAUCUGGUCUCAGAAUGCGAGAGCCAAAUUUGCCCAAUCAGAGUGAGCCAGUGGAGACCAGUGAAUCUGAAGUGUCCCUCUCACCAUUUCGUAAUGGUCAGAGCCCCAGUCGCGGAACACUGGGAACCUUACCUAACGCCAUUGAACCUAAGAUAGAACCCAACAGAGCUUCACCCAUCUCUCCAACACCAUCUUCACAGCAGUCUCAGCAACCGCAAACACCAACACAUCAACCACAGGGACAGCAACAACAGCAAUCAAGUACUCUGAACAACCACCAGAUCCAUCACCACUUUGAAAAGAAUGAACAAUCGAAAACCAUUACACACUCUUCUUUUUCUUCCAAAAUGCAUCGCAUGCGUCGUAUGGGUGCAACCUCACGUAAGGGUCGUGUCUGCUGCAACUCCUGUGGCAAGACUUUCUAUGAUAAGGGUACUCUAAAGAUCCACUACAAUGCUGUGCAUCUGAAGAUUAAGCACCGAUGUACUAUUGAAGGCUGUAAUAUGGUCUUUAGUUCACUGAGAAGUCGUAACCGACAUAGCGCUAAUCCCAAUCCUCGUCUUCAUAUGCCCAUGCUAAGGAACAACCGGGACAAGGACCUCAUUCGCUCCAGUUCUGGAACAGCAACACCUGUCAUAUCAAGUGCCAAAAGUGGCUUCAAUCUAACUAGCCCUGGGCGACCACCACUAAGCUUUGCCACCCCUCCUCUUGACCCCAUGAUGCAGUCACCCCUGCAGAGCCCUCUUGUUUUCCCUUCCCUGAAGUCUGUGCAGCCAGUGCAACCUGUGCCACCUUUUUAUCGCACACUGCUCUCUCCCGCUGACUUGGUUAGUCCCCCAGUCUCUUUGCCCACCAGUCCAAUUUUGCCUACCACAACCAACAGCACAUCUCUGACAGACCAGCAACAGAUGUUAACUGCUAGCUCCCACAACAUGCAUGUAUCUGAAACAUCGUUUUCUCAUCGCCUACUUGCUCCUAGUAACCAAGAUUCUGUGACUGUUGACCCUAUGCCUAAAAAGAAGCCUCGCAAAUCCAGCAUGCCAGUAAAGAUAGAGAAAGAAAUAAUUGAUGUGGCAGAUGAUUAUGAUGACAAAGAUGAUGAUGAUGAUGAAGAUAGUUGUCAUCAUCACCACCAUCAGCCAUCCAACAUCCAUAACAAUCUCAAUGGCAACUGCAACAAUAACAAUAACAGCAGCAGCAGCAGUCAUCACUGUGGGGGUAGUGGACAUCAGUCUCCAUCACACGAUGAAAUGAGUCCCAGUCUUGCCCUUAGAGGCAUGCUCCAUCCUGAUCAAGAAGAAUGCAGUGGGAGUCAUGGCAGUAGAGGCCAUGGAGACCUGCGUUGUAUUGACAGCUUUACCUCAGAGGACCAAGAUCAUGAGCGUGAUUUUGAAAAUGAGUCAGAGACAUCUGAAUCCAAGAUGCUCUACCGUGAUGAGCUGAUGGACACUGACGUACAUCAGCCUGUCCUAGACAGAAACAUAAUCAAGGGACACCAUGGGGCAGAUGAUGAGGGCCACCUACGGAAAGAUUUGGAGGAAAAAAGCCAUUCUCCACCCUCCCAACACCAGCCUGUUAUCAAAAUCAAGGAGGAGAUCAAUGAUCCUACUUAUGACAUGUUCUGCAUGGGUCAAUAUAGCCUUUAUAAUGGGGGUAUGGCAGCUGCUGCUGCCGCUGCUGCCAGCAUGGCGGCCUUACAUGAAAGUUUCAUCUCUUCUAUGAGCUAUGGAUCAAGCCCACCAAAAUUCUCUUCUCAGUCCCCUGAUGGUGAUCUCUGUUCUAGUCCUGAUCCCAAGAUUUGCUACGUCUGCAAAAAGAGCUUUAAAAGUUCAUACAGUGUCAAACUGCACUACAAAAAUGUGCACCUAAAAGAGAUGCAUGUGUGUACUGUGGCUGGAUGCAAUGCUGCUUUCCCCUCCCGACGGAGCAGAGACAGACAUAGCUCCAACAUCAACCUGCACCGCAAACUACUGACCAAAGAGCUGGAUGACAUUGUCCUGGAUCCCCAGCUUACAACCAUGCCUAAAGAGCUGCGUGCCGAGUUCCUGUCAACGAUAUAUGCUGACCACCAUCUGGAACUGGAGGGGGUAGAGAAUGCUGGACCACCACGAGACAGAGGACAUGAGGGAAUGAGAUCCUCAGUCGCUAAAGAAUAUUCACACAGCAACGGCUAUUGCCAUGGCCCCAGUGAUGAUUACAUGGUGCUGGACCUGAGCACCACCUCCAGCGUACAAUCAAGUGGCAGUGUGCAGUCCUCACAGGAGUCUGAUGAGGGCAGUGAUGAGGGCAUCCUGCUGGAUGACCUGGAGGGUGCCAGUGACAAUGAAGACUACACCCCUAGUACUGUGGCUAAGAAACUGGCAAAAGAAGGAAAGGAUAUGGAGGACGCCAGGAAGGAAGGAAGAGAAGGAGCCACAGAGGAGGGGCUUCUGCACUGUGACGCUUCAUUCUCACCAUCCGUCUUAGCAUCCAGUGGAGGUAAUGGCGCAGGAGGCAUCCUGUGCACCAUAUGCCACAAACUGUACAGUAACAAAGGGACCCUUCGAGUGCACUACAAGACUGUCCAUCUGCGUGAAAUGCACAAAUGCAAAAUACCUGGCUGUAACAUGAUGUUUUCUUCUGUGAGAAGCAGAAACAGACAUAGCCAGAACCCCAACCUACACAAAAAUGCCCCCUAUACCACAAUGAUUGACUAGACCAGACAUCCCUCUGCACCACAUUGCCUCAAGUUACAAAUACUCCACACAAUAUGCCCUCUCCAUUCCUCAGCAUCAUAAUGCUAUAAAACAGCAUUAUUUCUUCCCAAACUUUUCAAGUAUGAAUAAUUAGAGCAGAAUUGUGCCCUUUUGACAUUUCUGUUUUUGGAAGCAAAAUACAUCAUAGAUCUCUCCAUCCUUCACACAAACUUCUCCUCAGUUUUUAAUUUGUGACUUGCCUGCAGAAAUGAUCACAAAGAAAAAUAGAAAAAAAGAAAAAAAAAAACAUUUGUGUAAUUAUAUCUUUUAAAGAAUCACAUUCAAGAGCAUGUUAAGACUGGCUUAAACAUGUAAAUAUUAAUGUUGUGAGGGGCUGUUUGGUGUGAAACAGUUGUAUUGAUGGUUGAUAUUUUCUCUUUUUUGUUGUUCUUUUUGGUUUUGUUUUGUUUUUGGUUUUUUUUUAUAUUUUAUUUUAGUCUAAUACUUUCAUAAAAAAAAGUUAAGCAAGACAAAGUAGCAUCUGCCUAGCUUGAUUCAUCUAUAUUGGCUUUAAGAAUGUUUUACCUUAGAAAAGAAAAAGUAAAAACAUGUGACUUGUGACUUGUUUUAUCUACAUGUUAGAUAUACAGAUGGAGCUGGCAUGCUUUUAGCUCUGACACAGUACCUUUUGUUUUAUUUUCUCAUGUUUAUAGCUUUGGUACAAAAAAAAAAAAAAAAAAAAAAAAAAAAACAGUUUUGCACUUUGCAACUAUACUAGUGGGACUUGUAAAAUUAUUACAAGGAUAACACUUUAUAAUGGUGAUUGUCCAACUUGAAAGUGACAUUUUUAAGGAUACAGUGCCAAGAGGUAAUUACUGUUCCUUUAACAGACAUGUGCCAGAUCUUGAUAUGAGAGUAAUCUCAUUUGACAUGAUUAAACCCAAUAUUCAUCCCAUUUAGUAAGUGUUUCAGGUAUAUUCAUUUGAAUGCAGUAAAUAUGUAAUACUGGCUCUGAUAAUAUCAUUUCAAAAGUAUAAGUGUAUGGAUAAAGGUGCUGAAUUAGCCCAGAGGUUAGGUAGAUAAUCUUUCUACUGCAUGUAGUAUUACUUUAAAAGAGUUAGUAAGUGUCCUAUAAUUUAUUUUGUUUCAUAAAUUUGAUCAGUUUUAGCAUAUAAAAAUGGCAUUGACAUUUCAGAGUGCUACACAGGAGAGGUUCUAAACUGUGGCCAAAUCAAAGACAAUGUAACAAAACCUCACGAACAGAAACGACACACUGAGAAGAUGUUUAGGUAGUUUCCUAUGUCCUCAGAGUUCCAGAUAAUUUACAACAGAACAUCUUUACCUUGUUAAUGGCAAACAUUGACUAUUGGCCGCACAAUAUCAAGGCAAAG